AUGGACUCCUUCUGCUUCGCCUGCUUUCAGAAAGAAGAGCUGCAGCCUUUACAACCGAACAGCAUGACAAUGAGUGCAGGCUCCAUUGAACAGGAGCCAUCACGCAAGCUGGCCUGUUGUGGGGUGCCCCUCAUCACAGAGGACAUGCAGUCGCUGGCCAUCCGCACACUCUCUGGCACGGACAUCAACAAACACUAUGACCUCAUCCGCGAGCUUGGAAAGGGGACCUACGGCAAGGUGGAUCUUGUCUCCCACAAGAGCACAGGAACCAAGAUGGCGCUGAAGUUUGUCAACAAGAACAAGACCAAGAUGAAGAACUUCUUGAGGGAGUUCAGUAUUACCAAUACACUUUCCUCCAGCCCGUUCAUCAUUAAGGUCUUCGACGUGGUCUUUGAGACCGAGGAUUGCUAUGUCUUUGCUCAGGAAUAUGCGCCUGGUGGUGACCUUUUUGAUAUCAUUCCUCCACAGGUGGGGCUUCCGGAAGACAUGGUGAAGCGUUGCGUACAACAGCUUGGCUUGGCGCUAGAUUACAUGCACAGUAAAAACUUGGUACACAGGGACAUCAAGCCGGAAAACGUGCUUCUCUUUGACCAUGACUGCCGGCGUGUCAAACUGGCAGACUUUGGCAUGACGCGCAAAGUGGGAUGCCGGGUGAAGCGCAUCAGCGGGACCAUCCCAUACACAGCGCCUGAGGUGUGCCAGGCAGGCCGGGCUGAGGGCUUUACUGUGGACACUAGUAUCGAUGUGUGGGCUUUCGGGGUGCUCAUCUUUUGUGUGCUGACAGGCAACUUCCCCUGGGAAGCUGCCUCAGCUUCGGACACGUUCUUUGAAGAAUUUGUGAGGUGGCAAAAGGGGCGCCUGGCCGGCUUGCCCUCGCAGUGGCGCCGCUUCACGGACAAUGCGCUGCGCAUGUUCCAGCGCCUGCUGGCUCUUGAUCCUGAAAAACGUUGCCCCGUGAAGGAGGUCUUCUUCUUCAUCAAGUAUGAUCUGAUGUCAGAGGUGCGCCGCCGCCCUUCGUACCGCUCCCGCAAGCACACCGCAGACAAGCUCUCCACGGGCCCACACCGUCACGAGACACCCAGCGCCUGCACUCCAACACCACUCAAGAGGACCAUUCUGACUGAAGGAAGUGUCUCCCGGCUGUCUGGCUCCGAGUCUGGCCUGCCUUCCCCAGGGGGAGGUAAUAGAACUGACGGACGUCAGGACAAAGGCAAAGGCCAAAUGGUGCUGGCCACAGCCAUCGAGAUCUGCGUCUGA